UGCACAAACAUGUCUGUCUUUAUAAACCUAGAUUUUGUUGUUUGUUGUUUUUUCAACUUGUGUUUCAACGCUGAACCUCGUGUGUGUGUGUGUGUGUGUGUGUGUGUGUGUCUAUCUUGUGAAAAAGCAGGUUAAUUAGUCAUUCUUUUGUUUACUUCAAAAUAUUUACUUCUGAUUUCGUCCACACUUCAGAAAUCCUAACAAUCUGUUGUGCCGCUUUGGAGUCCUUUAUAGUGGUGGAGCUCCUCUUUUAGAGACUGCGAGCAUAAUCUUUUGGUCGUUUCAUAAACAGAGCUGUCGUUUCAGAUAGUUUCAGCACACGAUCUACAGUAAGCGUGGUAAACAAAACUUUUCUAGAGGUUUCUGUAUGAGAGAGGCCACUGUGGCACCAUCUGCUGUUGAAAAGGUGCUCUGGUGAUGUUUUUGGCAGCUCUCAGAGGCUGCCUUGUGGUAAAUGAUUAACAAAACACUAUUGUUAUAAAUCAAAUACUGUUGCUUAAUAAGCUCCCUGACCUCUUGAUACUGAAGUGAGCUAUGUCUGUUGACAAAGGUAGACAGGUUAUUUUUAUCCUAAGCAACCUCACUCUCUUUUUUUGUGUGCAUAAAUUCAGUACAUAUUAUGGCAUUUCAAAAAUAGUUCAUACCUUAAAGUUCUUUGUUUGCAAAAAUGUAAUUAUUUUUAUAGACUUAAUUUCUUGAAUACUGCUCCAAUAAUUUACUUACAUACUCUUCAAACCUAUAGAUUCUGACGUUUUCUUUACAAAAGAUCACAGUGUUUCUGUGUAUCUGCAGUAAAUUUGAGAGUUGACAGAUAAAUUAGCCGGCCGAUAUAAUUGCCAAUACAGCUUCUGUGUACAGUGUAUUGUUGACCAAUACGUAACAUUAAAUUGCUGUCCAGAAAUUAUGAUAAUUAGGAAACAAUGUCUUCAUUACAUUUGUACACCUGAGAGUUUGUUUACACUGUCAAAUGUCAGACUUGAUUGCUUUUUUGUUUCACUUCAAUCAUUCAUUGUGUUCAUAUUAGUCAACUAGUUAGAGUUGGGGGUAUUUCAUAUUGUAUAUCCCUAAUAAACUAUUAGUAGUGAAUUGUCUUUCAGUCUACACAGAAGUUGCAGUAGUGUUUGCUAGGAGCAGUUCAUUAAACAUUUUUUCUCAUUGAUCAAGUUUUUACUUCUGUAAGUCGACAAUUUGUACAAUCUCAUCCGUGCUUGUCACCAUUUCUCUGUCACUAUUUUUUGUGAAUGUGGUUGUUAGCUAGCUAGUUGAUGUCCCCAUUUUGAGUCCCAUCUACUAAGCUCUGAUUGGUCAAAAGCUGCGAUUAGUGACCACAACACAAUUAUCACAAAAAUUAAACAAAAUUAUCCUUAACAAAAAAAAAAGUUAUGUGUGUCCAUAUAUGCUGCUGUAUCAUUUUCUAUUUUUUAAAUAAACGAAUAUCAACAUCAGUCUUGACAUCAAUAAUCCAGUAUAUGAUAGAGUUCUUCAGAUAUAUUUCCUUACAGAAUAGUAAUAUCUCCCUCCAUCUGCUGUAUUUGUGAUCAUAUUGGUGACAGUUUGCAAUGGAGGACUCCAUUGAGAUAAUUCUUCAAGACCGUGGCAGGGUCCUUUCUACCAGCAGACCCCAUCCUGUCCUGUCAACCUGCGUGGGCGCUCUGCUCACAGGCGUGUAUGGAGUAUGGAGCCUGUUUGCUUUGCCUGGCUUUCGAAAAAUCCCAUGGAGCCUCAAGGUUCCUUAUUUGCCCUCGAGUAAAGAUCAGACACUGAACAUUAUGAAGCUGCUUGAGGGACGAACAGGUCGCUUAGCAGACCUGGGAUCAGGAGAUGGAAGAGUGGUUCUUGCAGCCUCUGCUGCUGGUUUGCAGUGCACAGGGUUUGAGAUUAACGGCAUUUUAGUUGCCUAUGCCAGGAGCAAGGCCCACUGGAAAGGAGUGCCCUCGAACCAGGCAACCUUUAUUAAAAAGGACUUUUGGAAGACUGAUUUAUCUGCGUACAACAAUGUGACCGCUUUCCUUGCUCCAGGAGUGAUGGAGUUGCUGGGUGAGAAGCUUUUGAAAGAGCUUCCUGAUGAUGCGCGUGUCAUUGCUUGUCGUUUUCCUUUCUCCAACUGGCCACAGCAAUCUUCUGUCGGCUCCGGUCUUGACCAGACUUUUGCUUAUGACAUUAGCAGUGUGCGCUCACAUCUGAGAAAAGUAUCGAACACAGUGGGGUAAAAAGUCACAUGUUUCUGGGUUGUUUUGUUUCCCAGCACUGUCGUUCUCUACAGCUGUGGCUCUCAACCCAUUUGGUGUCAAGGACCCCCAAAUUGAUACACACCAGGCUACGUACACAUAUGUGAUAAGAUGUAGUCUCAGGAAUCCCUGUCUGAUAAGAAAUAGUUAUUCCAUAACUGUCUAUUCUGUAGAUUGGCAGAUUGACAGUGAAUAGUGUGAAAGAAUAAUAUUUUUUAUAUAUUCUCUCAAUGGGCUAACUUUUAAUCAAUGAAAAUGGAGUGAAAUUAAAAUAUCCCCCAUGUUUCUGGGGGCCUCCUGGAACCACCUCAAAGACCCUCCAGAAACUUUAAUGUUUUCUUACACCAGAAAUGAAGAAAGACAAACAAAAAGAAACAACACAUUUUGGGGUGCCCUGGUAACUUACCUGGUAGAGCGUGCCGCCCGUAUACUAAUUCCUUUCUGCAGCGGCCCAGGUUAAAUUCCAACCUGCAGCCCUUUACUGCAUGUCGUCCCCUCUCUCUCCCCAACUUCCUGUCUCUCUCUGGCUGUAACUAUGCAAAUAGUGGCAUAAAAGCAGCAAACUUAAAUAAAUUGGUGAUAUCUAUCUGUUAUGAGCACUGAUCAGGGGUGAUCCUUUUUCAAAGAUGACAUAGAACAUUGCGAGGAUGAGAGGGACUAUAUCAAAGCAAGAUGUCAGGAUGAUUUUGACAUCACUUAGUCCCUGCAGUAUUUGUACAAUCUUUGCACUGCUAGAACAGACUGAACCUUUGCCAUAUUACCGACUGUCUUAUCAAAACCAUCAUGCUCUUCUGUCCCCAAUAUGGCUCUAGCUCCCUUUGUAAGAGCUCUUUCACUACAAAUCAUUUUACUUCCGCAUCAACACUAAUAAACCUCUUCAGCAGCAAGCUACAGCAGGGAAUGUCAGGGUCAUAGUUUCGCCCCACUUUCCUUUUGUGGAGUUGUAAUUAGAUUUGUAUGUUGUGUUCACUUGUGUUUAUUCAAAAAAUUAAUGCCCAUGUCUACAGCUCAAGGCCAUUGUGAGUUUGUUCCAUUUCACUCCCAGAGAGCCACUGAGGGUUAGGAACAUGGACAGCAUGUUUAGAUGUUGCACAGCCACCUCACUGGUGGUCUCAAAUAAUUAUCUAUGUCACCUGACCCUUGAGGGUCACAUGGAAUAUUAAACUGGAUAGAGAAAUGUGCAUUUUAGUCUGAGAACCAUGGUUAUGUGUUGACAUUAAAACUAAAACAGAUUUUAAUAAAACUUGGUUUUAAGAA